AUGGCUAUACCAACGGAUGAUGAAAUCAUGGAAACAACGCAGGAAUGUGAUGCUAUAUACCAAGAAGAGGACAAGUCCAAUGCCGGACAUGUUCAGUGUACUGAUGACGAGAAGUCGCAAACCUCAAUCCCAACUAAUACGAGGAAUAAUGUCAUUAAACAAAAGACAACAAAAUCAAACUAUGUCGUGCUUGUUACAAUAAUUUCUUGUGUCAUGACUAUUGUCCAAACACUUCAAAGUGAGUUCAUGAAUAUAUUCAAAAAACAUACGGAUAGUAACAGUUUGUUUCAUGAUCAUCGUAAUAAAAUGUCAUGGAUGACACUUAAGUCAAAAAGAGAUUAUUACAUGCCGAAAUGUAAAGCAUGGCUAAACAGAUUUGUGAGACCAUUUCAUUUUUACCCAAAAACGUUUUUGAAGACGUACCUAUUAGACCCUGAGGAAUACAACAAAUUUGUAGAUCAACAAAAAUCAAAACAAUCCAGUUAUUUGAACGAAUCUAUGCAAUUUGAGUGGUGUAGAUUGUCAAGUUUUGCAUCUUAUCCAAACACAAAUAUUUCAGUAAUAAAGCUGGCCAAAGCUGGAUAUUACUAUAACGGAAAUGGAGACGAAGUUAUCUGUUAUUUUUGUAAAUCGAAACAUAAACACUGGAAAUCAACAGACGACCCAAAAGAAAUCCAUAAGGGAAAGACACCAGAAUGUCCCUUUGUCAUAAAACAUUUAAGUGCUACGUCAAAACAAAAUCAUGUGACUAUUCCUGCAUGUGACGGAGCUCAUUCCUCUGCUGGAGCGUGUGGAAACGCAGCAGAUACUAAAAAUUUAUCAGUUGUCAGUGAUAAACAUUGUGAAUUUGUAGGGGAACAAGGUGCAAAUGAAGCAAGGGCUAAUCAUGAUAAUACGUUUACAGUUGACAGGAAUAAUGAAAAUAAUACUGCCCCAGUUGACAGAAAUCAUGAACAUAUUGUUACAGUUGAGAGGAAUAUAACGUCAACUCGAAAUAGUGAAAUAUCCGAAAACCUAGUAAAUAAUGUAUCUGACAGGCAGAGGGAAAGCAGUGAAGCCAUUUCAUCACAUAUAGGUACCGAGGAUCACUGCAGAUGCUUCUUUUGCGGAGGAGGUUUGAGACGAUGGGAGGAAGGAGAUUUGCCUUGGACAGAGCAUGCCCGAUGGUAUCCUAAGUGUCCAUUUGUCAUCCAAUGUAAGGGUGAGAAGUUUAUUGAGGAUGUACAAAAGGGACAAAAUCCGGAAAUUACUGAAAAUUUGGCAGAAAACAAACCAAAGAAAUCUCCUCUUGGAAUAAAUGGUUUCAAAAAUAACCCAGCAGUACAAACCAUUCUUGACUUUGGAUACGAAUCUAAUGUUGUUAAGGCAGCUUAUACACGAUUGAAAGAAUCCGGAAUACAUGAUAUAUCGGCUUCACUUUUGUUAGAUACCAUUUAUGAAAAAGCAGAGAGUGAAAAUCACAAUGCCACCUCUGACCAGGCAAUUGCUUGUCCUAAUUCAAUUCCAAUGAAAGAACCAGAUGAUAAAGAACUUUCCAACAAAACACCAGAAAACAUUGAGAAAAUUGACCCAACGCUUGAAUUAUCUAUAAGGAAUCUAGAGAAAGAAAACAGGAAUUUAAAAGAUCAACAAACCUGUAAGAUUUGCUUGGACGAGCCGGUGGCCAUUGUUUUUCUCCCAUGUGGUCACAUGGCUGCAUGUAUUAAUUGUGCUCCAGCGUUGAGAAGAUGUCCAAUCUGCAGAGCUUUUAUCAAAGGAACUGUAAAAGCUAUAAUGUGCUGAGAUGUAUUUUAUUGUAAGAUAUGUAUGAAUUGAUAACUGUUUGGGAAAUGUUCAAUUCUUAUUUUCAUAUUGAAGUGCAAUAAUAAGAAGGUGGAAUUACGGUAUUGCUUGAAACUAUAUGGUAAAUACGGAAGAAACGGGAAGCGAUGAAACCCAUAUCAAGUACAAUUAUAAAUUAUCAUAGAAACUAUGUAUAAUGAUAAACAAGCUGUUGUUUAUUGAUAUUAUUUGUUAUUUUGUUAGUCAUAACUAUCAGCUUUGGUUAUAUCUUAUGUACAGUUAGUUUGAAUAAUUGUAUCAUUAUUAACUCAAUGUACAUUUAUGUUGACCAAUGCACAUGUAUAACAUUUAGACGUAAAAUGUCGUCUUGUAAACUAUUGUGACAGCAUCCAUGUAUCAACUGAAUGGGGAAACUUAUUUGAUGAAAUAAUAAUUGGUUUACUUAAUAUCCAUAUUGUGACUAAGAUAAAGAGUUGUCUCAUCGACUAAAUUAAAUGCUUUUUGUAAAUGUUCAUAUAUUUGAAUUGAGAUUUAUUGUUGUGACAUGUUGUUAUAUGUACAUUUUAAGAAAAGUUUUCGUAAUAAUGUUUUGAUUUUAUAUAAUUUCACUUGUUUUAAAUAAAACUAUUUGCUCUUA